CGGCGGCAGCCAUGGAGGGCGGCGGGCGGCCGUCGGCCGUGCAGGCCGCGCUGCUGGCCGCCAGUACCGCCGCCACCGCGCUGCUCUACUCCGUGUACCGACAGAAAGCCCGCGUCGCCCGGGGCCUCGAGGGCGCCAGGAGGGUCCGGCUGGACGGGGAGCUGCGCACGGUGCUGCUGGAGGCCCCGGGACGCUGCGUCCCUUAUGCAGUCAUUGAAGGCGUGGUGCAGUCUGUUAAGGAGACUCUGAGCAGCCAGUUUGUGGAGAACUGCAAGGGUGUCAUCCAGAGGCUGACACUGCAGGAGCACAAGAUGGUGUGGAACCGAACAACCCACCUCUGGAACGACUACGAGAAGAUGAUCCACCAGCGAACCAACACCGCCCCCUUCGAGCUGGUCCCGCUGGAGGAAGGCGCCGGCGGCGCCGUGAGGGUGAUGAAACCCCUGGAGGCUGCUGAGCUCAGCCUGGAGACAGUCUAUGAGAAAUUUCAUCCCUCUGUCCAAUCCUUCACGGACGUCAUCGGCCACUACAUCAGCGGCGAGCGCCCCAAGGGCAUCCAGGAGACGGAGCAGAUGCUGAAGGUGGGCACAGCUCUGACCGGCGUGGGAGAGCUGGUCCUGGAUAACGCCACCAUCAAGCUGCAGCCUCCGAAGCAAGGUAUGCCCUACUACCUCAGCACUUCAGAUUUCGAAACCUUGCUACAGAAACAAGAAUCCAGCGCCCGCUUUUGGAAAAUCCUCACGGUCCUUUUCGGUUUCGCCACCUGCGCUUUCCUCUUCUUCCUUCUCCGGAAGCAAUACCGGCAGCAGCGGGAGCGGCGGCACCUCCGGCAGCUGCAGCAGGAGUUUCGCCUGGCCCAGGAGCGCCUCGUGCGGGCGGAGGCCGGCCACGCACCCAAAAACCUCUGUGUCAUCUGCCUCAGCAACGCCAAAGCCUGCGUCUUCCUGGACUGCGGCCACCUCUGUUCCUGCCACGAGUGUUACUUGGCUCUCCCCGAGCCUAAAAAGUGCCCCAUUUGCCGACAGCCCAUCGUCAGGGUGGUUCCUUUGUACAACAGCUGAAUUCCCCCUGCUUGUGGGUUCGGGGUUUCUGCCCUUUUGUUGAGGUGAGGGGUUGAUUUUAGGGAAGGGGAGGGAGUUUGAGUGCAGAGGUGGGUCAUAAGAGGUGACAGGGCAGUGGAGUGAAGCCUCACAUCGUGUUGUGGAGGGUUUAAGGGGGGAAAUGAGGAGCCCUGGUGCCAGGGAGAGGCAGCUUUCUGAAUCAGGCUUAGAGGGGGGUGAGUUGUGGUUUAUCAAACUACCUCUCUUGUUAAAACCUUGUGGGGAGGCCAAAAAAAUCAAUGUGUGACAGCUUUGGAAGUGGGGGGAUGCUGAAGCCCAGCU